ACUUCGUUUGAAGCCGCCAUUUUGAGCAGUCGGUUUCGCUCUGAGGUGUUCCUGUUUUUACUACAAUCGUGCUCUUCGAUUUAAUCGGAAUAACUUGAGCGUCGUUGAGAAACGUUUCUUAGUCUUUUAAUUGGCGUUCAAGAUUGUUUGAGUGUAAAGUUUUGCCGUUUUAAAUCAUGAGCUGCCGUGUUUAUUUAGGAAGACUGCCCUACGGUACGAGGGAACGCGAUGUAGACAAAUUCUUCCGCGGUUUCGGAAAACUGCGAGAGAUCAACUUGAAGAACGGAUACGGAUUUGUGGAAUUUGAGGACUCCAGAGAUGCUGAUGAUGCUGUUUAUGAAUGCAAUGGAAAAGAAAUGAUGGGAGAAAGAAUUCUUGUGGAACAUUCUCGAGGAACAGCAAGAGGCUUCAGUGGUGGUCGCAAGUCAAGGGCCAGAGAUAAGUACGGCCCGCCUGUAAGAACACCCUGGCGCAUCACUGUGGAAAAUUUAUCGACACGCAUCAGUUGGCAGGACUUAAAAGAUUAUGCACGCCAAGCUGGAGAGGUGACUUAUGGAGACGCCCACAAACAGAGACAGGGAGAGGGCACCUUAGAGUUUGCAACCAAGAGAGACCUAAAAAAUGCAAUAAGGAAACUGGACGGCACUGAGUUGAAUGGAAAGCGCAUCAGGCUUGUUGACGAAAGCCCAAGAUCUCGCUCUCGUUCACGAUCAAGGAGCCGAUCGAGAUCGAAAAACCGCUCACAUUCCAGGUCUCGUUCACGAUCACACCACCGCCGCUCUAAGUCAGCAUCACGCUCCAAAUCACGAUCUAGAUCACCACGACACAACAGAUCGCACUCCAAGUCACCCAGGCAUUCAAGGUCCAGGUCCCGUUCAAAGUCGCGAUCUCGAUCAAAAUCCCCACAGAAGUCCAGGUCUCGAUCACGCUCUCGCUCUCCUUCUCGAUCACCAAGAAAUGAAAAAGCUGGCUCUCCAGAACGUGAAGCAGACGAGAAUCAGAAUCACAAUUCGGCAGAUGUUGACGCUGAGCCGCAGUAAGCUGAACAGUCCUCCCAGGCUUGCGAACCUUUGAUAGAACUCUAUCUAGAGAUUCUCUUGUGAGACAUUAGUUUCUUGCAAUCAUUCUAUUUAUAUACAAUCACAAUACAUUUUGGCUUUGCCUUGAUAGUAUGUCCUUCUAGUUUUAAGGGUUGUUGCACUGUCUGUUGUUUUUAGAAUACUUGCUGAAAGCAUUGAUUUGUAAAUCCCUAUAUCUGAAUGAAAAUUUAACAGUUUUGUUUUUAUCUCACUUUCCUUAGUUGUAAUGUGAUUUGUUCAGAUCAAAUUAAAGAUUUUUCAUUCAUUUCCAGAA